CAGACUCGCUCCAUGGCUUCCCCCCUCCCUUCCCCUCCCGAACCAGCCUGGCUGGAGCCUGGGCUCAAAAUGGCGGCAGAAGCGGCGGCGGGAGCAGAGCGAGGCUGGGAAGAAGACAGCCCGUGAGUGGGGAAGAAAAUGGAGGCAAAGAACCUGCCUGAAUUGUGUCUUAACUUUUAUGAUGGAUUAUGGGAUUGUGCGCUGAUGAGCCCGCAAACGGAAUGCCUGAGUGACUGAAGAAAAUGGGUGCUAAUGCUUCGAACUACCCUCAUUCGUGUUCCCCAAGGGUAGGGGGAAAUUCUCAGGCACAACAGACGUUCAUAGGAACAUCAUCCUAUUCCCAUCAAGGUUAUGGUUGUGAAUCUAAACUGUAUAGCCUUGACCAUGGCCAUGAAAAACCUCAAGACAAGAAGAAGAAAAGUUCUGGUCUUGCUACUCUCAAAAAGAAAUUUAUUAAGCGCCGAAAGUCUAGCCGGUCUGCUGAUCAUGCCAAGCAGAUGCGGGAGCUCCUUUCAGGCUGGGAUGUUAGAGAUGUCAAUGCAUUAGUAGAAGAGUAUGAAGGGACAUCCGCCUUAAAAGAGCUUUCUCUACAAGCUAGUUUGGCAAGACCAGAAUGUAGAACACUACCGAAAGAUAUGGCUGAACUGUAUGAGUUUAAAUAUUGUACGGAUGUAGAUCUCAUAUUUCAAGAGACUUGUUUCCCGGUGCAUCGUGCAAUUUUAGCUGCAAGAUGCCCAUUUUUUAAGACCCUGCUUUCUUCUUCACCAGAAUAUGGUGCAGAGAUUAUAAUGGAUAUCAACACAGCUGGGAUAGACCUGCCCAUGUUUUCAGCUUUGUUGCACUACCUGUACACAGGAGAAUUGGGAAUGGAGGACUCAAGAUUUCAAAAUGUCGAUAUUCUCAUGCAGCUUAGUGAGGAAUUUGGUACCCCAAAUUCUUUGGAUGUUGAUAUGCGAGGAUUGUUGGACUACAUGUGUUACUAUGAUGUAAUUCUCAGCUUUUCAUCUGACUCUGAAUUGGUUGAAGCUUAUGGUGGAAGUCAGGGCUGCUUAGAUGAGGAGUUAAGAGCACACAAAGCUAUCAUUUCAUCACGGUCCCCAUUUUUUCGGCAUUUAUUACAACGGAGGAUACGGACAGGCGAAGAAAUUACAGAUCGGACACUAAGGACUCCAACAAGGAUUAUACUGGAUGAAUCUAUUAUACCAAAAAAAUAUGUAAGAGUAAUUUUAAACUGUAUGUACACAGACUUGGUGGAUCUCUCUAUUUUGCACAGCAGUCCUUCAGUGGGAAGUCUGAGUGAAGUUCAGGCUCUUGUAGCAGGAAAGCCAAGCAUGACAAGAGCUGAAGAAGCUAUGGAACUAUAUCACAUAGCACUCUUUUUGGAGUUCAGUAUGCUUGCGCAAGGUUGUGAGGAUAUUAUUGCUGAGAGCAUCUCAUUAGAUACUUUAAUUGCUAUUCUCAAGUGGAGUUCUCAGCCGUAUGGGUCUAAGUGGGUGCACCGCCAAGCAUUGCAUUUCCUCUGUGAGGAGUUUACCCAGGUCAUGACUUCUGACGUCUUUUAUGAACUCAGCAAAGACCACCUGCAAACAGCUAUCCAGUCUGACUACUUACAGGCAAGUGAGCAAGAUGUCCUAAAGUACCUUGUUAAAUGGGGUGAACAUCAGUUAAUGAAAAGAAUAGCAGACCGAGAGCCUAAUUUGCUGAGUGGCACAGCACACAGUGUGAACAAACGAGGUGUGAAGCGGAGAGAUCUUGACAUUGAGGAAUUAAAAGAGAUCCUUUCUUCUCUCUUACCAUUUGUCCGCAUUGAGCAUAUUUUGCCAAUGAACAGUGAAGUACUAACAGAUUCUAUGAAGAGAGGUCUCAUUAGUACCCCUCCUUCGGACAUGUUGCCAACUGCAGAGGGUGGAAAGUCAAAUGCAUGGUUGCGACAGAAGAAUGCAGGAAUUUAUGUGAGACCGAGACUGUUUUCCCCUUAUGUGGAGGAGGCAAAGUCAGUUCUGGAUGAGAUGAUGGUGGAACAGACUGACCUAGUUCGUUUACGGAUGGUUAGAAUGUCCAAUGUACCUGAUACCCUCUACAUGGUAAACAAUGCCGUUCCACAGUGCUGUCAUAUGAUAAGUCACCAGCAAAUAAGUAGUAGCCAAUCCAGUCCUCCUUCUGUUGUAGCCAAUGAAAUCCCAGUUCCUUGUCUGUCUGUCGUUAAGGAGAUGGUCAAAAGACUGCAGGAACUUCGCCACACUGAGCAGGUGCAGAGAGCAUAUGCUCUGAAUUGUGGAGAAGGAGCCACCGUCAGUUAUGAGAUUCAGAUCCGUGUCUUGAGAGAAUUUGGGCUUUUAGACUCUGCCGCUGAACUCUUGCAGAAUCCUCACAAGUUCUUUCCGGAUGAGCACUUUGGGGAUGAAAGCCCACUUCUGACCCUGAGACAGUCUGGACGAUGUAGAGUGAACAGUACUCCUACCGCGGAAACCAUGUUUACAGAGAUGGAUUCUUUUGUAGCCUUCCAUCCCCCUUUACCACCUCCUCCGCCUCCUUACCAUCCACCAGCAACUCCAAUCCACAACCAGUUUAAAGUUGGAUGGAAGCCAAGGGGUCAAAGCCAGCACCCUUCUCGCUCCUUCUCUUACCCCUGUAACCAUUCCUUGUUUCACACCAGGACAGCCCCUAAAGCUCCUCCACCCAUCUAUUUAUCGAGUGUCAAAGCCACACCUCCUGAUUGCACUAACACAACGGGAAUGGGAAGGCAAACAGUUGCGGCAGCGGCAGCUGUGAUGGCUGCUGAAAAGCAAGUGAGUACCCCGCCUGUGCUUAAUGAGCUGGUUCCAGAUAUUGCCAUGGGUGUGUCGACAAUGUCUCUCAAGGACCGGAGGCUGCCAGAGCUUACUGCUGACACCGAACUGAGCCAGCCUGUUCUAGAGGUUGGGUCCGGAGCACCCCAACACAUUUCCUGCGUUCAGACAAGGCACAUACACAGUUCCCGGAAAAAACAUUCAGUUGAGCAAAAGCUGGAUACAAGAGAGAAUCAGCAGGAGUAUCCUGACUUCUAUGAUUUCUCUAGUGCUGCGUGCAGACCUUCCACUCCUGCCCUUAGCAGGCACACUCAAUCACCUUCUCAAGGCAUCUAUUACGGUCCAGAUUUGUAUAGCCACAAUAAAGUAUCACCCAGCGGCUUGAAGGCAACCCACUUAUCUAACCACAUAUCUCCAAAAAAGCUAGAGGAUUCUCGGAGAGAGUAUGCACUUUCUCAAGAAGGGCAUCCACACAGACAAAAGAAUGAACCAAUACACCUUGAUGUCUUAGAGCAACCUCCCCAGCGGUUGGAUUUGGCAUUGGCUGCCCAGGAGAACACGGGGAACAUACCUGUUCAUGCAAGAGGGCGAACAAAAAUAGAAAGUGACCUAACUUACGGGCUUACCUCUGGCCGACCUCCUCUGCCAGCAUAUAGUUCAGAGAUCCAUGAAGAGCAAUUGAGCCGGCGAUUGGCAGACAUUCAGCCCCUGGAGCAUGAAGCACAGAGAAACAUAGAUCUGGAAAGAGAAGAGGCAGCAAGCAGAGGCAGGAGGUCUCCGAGCAAACCUGACUUCCUGUAUAAGAAAUCUGCCCUCUGAAAACCACCUCCACUUCUUCUCCGUGCCUAUAGAGUUGUGAAAUAUCCAUUCUUUGCAAUCUUUGGCCUGACAUUUGUUGGCCAAAUUCAUUUAAAUGCCAGCCGCUCCAUUAUUUUCUUUACAUUUUUUGUAUAUACAUGGUUUUGUUAGAGAUGGCAUGCUACCAGUUUAUUUGGAAUGUUGCUUCAGGGUUUGUGUUCUGAACAGAUUUUGUUAAACCUCUUUCUGAAAAGAUAUUUUAGCUGGCACCUUUACAAAAAAUAAUAAUAAAUACAAGGUAGCCUUUUGCAUCUGUACAUUAAAUUUUAGUUUUGGGAUUAGUAAGUUUAAACUUUUACUGUCAUAUUUUAAAGGACUGUAUGUUCAUACUCUUCUUGGUGACUUUUUUUUAAGGAAAACAAAUAUUUCACCUCCUGGUUUCCUGUGUGCAUUAGAUGGCACACACAAGAUGUAUUUUCUUACAUAAGAUCUUGAAAAUGUCUGUCUUUAUUUUUGAAUGACUAUAGGAAUUCCAAAGAACAGCACAUCUCAGUAACUGCUGUGGUUAGGUCUGAAACCUUCCUGGUCUACCACUAGUGCAAGAAUCCAACCUAGUUUAUAUAUCUUCUGUUUACCAAGUCCAUGACAGCUAGUCUUCUUAUUAAUGUAGCAAAUACUCUAGGGCUGGGAUUUUUCUUUGGGAGAGAGAAGAACUGCUUCCUUGAGGCACUUACUUCCUUCAUCCCACCUGUUUGUACCCAUCUAUCAGUGACUGGUAUUGUAAACACUCUCAUCAAGCUUUCCUUUAAAAAAAACAUUUAAGGAAUGGUGAGGUUUCAUACCAAACCCAGAAGGGAAAGAGGAACACUGCUGCUGACGCUGCCUCUUAGCAUCUGGGAUGGGUGUUAAUACCUUGCAGAAAACUCUCCCUCUCAGUAAGGCUCUGAGGGGAAUGCUUUACUGCCUUCUUUCUUCUGCCUCUAACUAUGAGACCAAGGGCUUCGUCUUGGUGAUACUGCUGAGUGCUCCUGACACGAUAAGAGCUCUAGCUCUGUGAAUGGAAAUCUCAGACUGAAGAGUAGCAGCUAUAGCUUCCUUAGCUGUAAGUGAUUUAGCACUUAUUUUUCAUUAUUCCAACCUCUGGAGUGUACUUGGGGUUUUCUUUUUGUCAGUAAAGAUUGGAAGACGAAGUUAGGAACACAAAUGUAGAGACACGGGGCUGAUAAUGCAGGCAUGUUUAGCCAUGCCUGUUGCCACUAACUAUGGCCACUUCAGCAGUCAGCAUUUGCAUUAUCACAUCUUUCUGUGGCAAGUACUGGAAAAGUUUGAGUACCACUGUGUGGUCACUUGUAUCAAAGACUUAACUUGAUAUGGUGGUCAGAUCUAAAAUAUAGCUCUUCCAUCACCUGAACACCUCAGUCAGGAUAUUAUCUAACAUAUCUGACUCCGUUUUUAGAUACUUGACACUGUUGACUUGUAAAAUUUGUUUAAAACUUUAGUCACAGUUUUGUUCUUUAUUUUUAAGCAUCACCUUUUGUCCUUGUCACCUAUAUUUCCUUCAGGGGGAAAGCACUGUUAAAACAAGUUCUGGAGAUGCGGGUGUUCACAUAUAUCUAUGUGAGAAGAUGAUAUCACAAGUUUUACACCACAUUACAUUUGCUACACUUCUCAUGAAGUGCAAAGCCUUUCAUCCUAUGCCUUUUAAAAUAUGUUCUGUGGAUGGUUGAAAUUAGUGAUAUGAUUGCUGUAGAGGGUUAAAUGGUACCAUUUGUCAAAUGUCUCAUUUUUAUUGACUUGCUUGGCAGGGAAUGCAGGGUACCGCUUAUAUCUGUCCAACAAAUUUAUGCUCCAUCAAAUCCAUUUCAGGGUAUUUGAAAUCUACUCUUUAAUAUAUGACUUCCAGGAGCAAGGCGACCAAAACAUCUUUUGGCCACCAGUAAAUGUGGGAACCAGCUAUGCCAUCUUGUCCAGUGGAUAUUUUUCUUUAUCUCAUGGGCCAUAAUCCAGUCAUGUACUUCUAAUGGAACUUGUUUGCCCCCCCCCCCCCCAAAAAAAAAAAAAGAUAUCUGGUCCCUCUUGCAAUUCCCCAAUCUGCUUUGAAAAACUUUCAUCAGGAGGCUGGCAAAUUCUUUGGGUCAGGUUUUUGGCUGCUGCAACAGGAAUGGGGAGAUGAGAAUCCCACUUCCAUCAGCACAAGAGCACGCUGUUGGAUUAAGCCAUGGUAUGGAAGUUAGUGUAAUUCCUUGCCAAUGGUUUUGUCCUUAGAGAAUUUAGAAUAGGACUGUUGCUGAUCUGGUAUUUCCCAUAAAUGCUGGCUAUAAUUGCCAUGUUAGAUGUUCUACUGUUUCAGACAGUUCAUUUUAUCCACUCUCAAAAUAGAGCUGGUAUACUUUCAAAAACUGAUAGUGAAGCAUAACAUUCUCUUCUCCAACUUAGCCCCCUCCAGAUUGUCAUAGUUAACUUCCCAUUAUGUCCAGCUAUACUAUUUGUGAUGGUGAGAUUGUUCUUGAUGACACCAGAUUGAGUGAAACUGGGAUAUAGAGAUGGCUAAAGUAAUCCACCAGGUUUUAGUUUGUACAUGGUUUUUUCUAUGGAAUAGCUUGCUGAGAAGUAUUGGCAUGUAUCUUUGCUUCCUGGUAUACAAUUGCAACUUUUAAAAUCAAGUAGACCGUCAUCUUAGAAUAUUGGAGUUUUCUAGAUGAGAAAAAAAAAAUUAGGAGGGUUAAAGACAAUUGGGCCACUUAACAUUAAAUUGGUUGCAAAAAUUGCUGAAGAUAAAUAAUUGAAGUAGCAAGAAACUGGUUUCUAACUUCUAGGGCUUUAUUUUAGACUAUGUUUAAUUCCAAUCUGUUAUCGCACAUGUCCCUAUGCAUUCUUUCCCUUCUUAUACUUGAUCCAUUUUCCUAGCAGCCAUAUGUUGGAUAAAUCAGUGGUACCUUUGCAGAAUCUCUGGGUAAUCCUUUUAUUGACUAUCUGUACAAGAUGCUCUCCCGUAUUCCUCUUGUGCUUCCUUAAGAGAAGGCAUCUUUUCUGUGUUGAUAUCUGUAUGUGUUUGUAAACAGCAUAUGCACGGGUGGCCCGUUAAAAUCCAGCUUACGUGUCCAUGAGUCAGAGGAAUGCAACUAUUUUGUCAAGGAGUUAAUUUGGCCUGAGAACAAAUUGAUCAAAUGUGAUUUGUGCCAUAAUUGAAAUUAUUUUUACAUUCUGCUGGACAGAUGGUUUACUCAGAGCUUCAAUUACUCAGUCCUUUUGUCCUCCAAAAAAGCAGGCCUUGUUAAGCAACAAGUCCCAACUGUUCAGUGUUGUAAUCAAUAUCUGUGUCGUGCUUAGCGUCUUCAAAGCACAGUACCGUCUUUGCAGCUUUUAAGAAAUACUCAUCAUUUGAUUGCAUGAAGCACUUUUGAACAAAUUAUUGAAAAUUCCAAGUACAGUAACCACACAGCCAUGUCUUUGAAAGAGAAACAAUUGUUUACUUGACAGUUGGUAUAGGAUGAAACCUGAAAACCAGAAUCUUGGCUACUUUAGUUCCACCAGUAGAGUUUCUUGUCCCAAACUGAUUGGUGAGAUGCAUCUUGCAGUGAGAAAGGUAUGUGUUCUCUUCUGUGGCUGGGAUCCAGAGGACUGUAUGCACACAGUAUGUUUCCAUGCACAUAGGUUUUAUUGUUUUUACUACAAAAGGAGUAAAGGGUUACUGCUCAAGGUAGAGGGAAGAGCUUUUCAGGAUUUGGGAUAACUUUUGACCUGAGAGGAAAAUUGAAACACCACUGUGCAGACAUUGCACUUUGGAUACUAGCCAUUGUUUACAAAUGGAUCUUCUAAAAGAAUACUGUGAGUUAUUUCUCGAGUUAUCCAUAUUGUCCUGUGAGGUUGCAUAACUGCCUCUAGCCAUCUGUAAGUUUUCUUGUAAUCUCUUUCAUUAGGGUUUUUUCUGCCUUUAACAAGAGAGAAUGAAACCUGGACUUUGUUUGGUUACAUUUUUAAAAAAAUGGAAAUAUCACAAUUUUUCAUCUAUCAAGUAAUUUAUUUUGAAAUGGGCUACAGAUAGCACUAUUAUGCUAUUCCCAACGACUGACUGUUUAUAUGGUGGAGGGUUGUAUGUGGAAUGUUGGGAAAAGCGGCAGGAAAAAAGAAACAUUUGGUAUUUCUAUACUUGUAUGUAUUUCUGGAAGAUGUUAAGUGUCCAUGAUGUUAAUGUCGUUCUUGUGCUGUUACUGGUAUAAAGUCAAGUGCCUUCAAUGCUAAAGGCUCAGAAAUAUUUCUUAAACCAACUUCAUGUCCUAUGCAAGUGUUUUUUCUACAACCUGCAUAACCAGUACUUUGUAAAACUUGUUUACGCUUCAAUUGUACAUAUGGUUUUUUAAAGAAAAUAUAGUAUUUUUAUUUAGGUACCUCUAGAAUUGAAUUCUAGUCUUGUGUGAUGCAUUGUAAAACAAUACAUUUCUCUUUUGAGUACCAUUACAGUUGUAAAAAGGUUUUCACUGGUUCUAUUUUUCUACUGUUGCUGAGAAGCAUGUUAACACUGACUUUAUCCUACAUAUAGUUGGUAUUUCAAAUAAAUGGCUUGUCUAGAAAAA